UCAUAUGUCCGAUGCGCGUCAGAUCGCAUUAUCAAGAUUGCUCUGGUCACGGCUAUGUUGAUUUACAAGCGUCACUUUUUCACGGGGAUGAGCCGACGCCGCACGCGAGUGAAUUUUUUGUGAAAGUUUGUGCGGAGUAGUGUUUCAUAGGGACUGGAUAGUUUUUUGAGACACCUAGGCGUGCCCCAGGUGGGGCUCCACCGCAAUGCCAAACUUAAUGCAUCUCCUUCAAAUGGCCAGAACAUGGCGAAUUGACACAGAAGAGCCAGCGUCACGUAUCAGUUCUUCAACGCCUAUAAUAACAGUGUUGCCGUCCGUUGAAGUUCCCGAAAAGAUAACCAUUUGCCCUGAUGAGAAGCCGGAAAAGGCCGAAACGUCGUCGCCAGAGCAGGACCGGAGUCGCACCAGCCCGCUGUCUUGGUUCAUGAAUUCACUCCGCAAUCUCCUUCCCUCUUCUGGAGAUAAGGGAGCCUCUCCCAGUGAGCUUCAAACCAUGCUGCCAUCUUCCGUCAAGGUCCACAGACUGAGUAACGCCACCAAGCCUCCAGAGGAUAACGGGGGCAUCUGCUUAAUGACCGAGAGUCCUUUCAGGAUACUACGGGUGGCUGAAUGUGGCAACUUAGAAACUUUCCAAAGACUAUAUUACGCCGACCCAGCAAGAUUAAGUAUUAAGGACAGCAGAGGAAGGACAGCGGCCCAUCAGGCGGCAGCAAAGAACAGGAUAAAUAUUUUGCAGUUCAUCUUGUCUCAAGGGGGCGAUCUUAACAAUCAGGAUAAUGUAGGAAAUACACCCCUUCAUGUUGCCGUGGAACAUGAAUGUCUCGACGCUGUGGAUUAUUUGUUGCAAGUGGGUGUAAAAACAAAUAUAUUAAAUGAGAAAAAGCAAGCGGCUAUACACCUGGUUACUGAGCUUAACAAGGUCAAGGUGCUGGAGGUGAUGGGGCGACAUAAAGAGAAAAUUGACAUCCUCCAAGGGGGUGAACACGGGAGGACAGCCUUGCAUAUUGCAGCUAUCUACGACCAUGAAGAAUGUGCUAGACUGUUGAUUUCCGUAUUCGACGCUUGCCCCCGGCGCCCCUGCAACAACGGCUACUACCCCAUCCACGAAGCCGCCAAGAACGCCUCCUCCAAAACUUUGGAGAUUUUCCUGCAAUGGGGCGAAGCACGCGGAUGUUCUCGAGAAGAGAUGAUCUCAUUUUAUGAUUCCGAGGGAAACGUUCCCUUACACUCGGCUGUUCAUGGGGGUGACAUCAAAGCCGUGGAGUUGUGUCUGCGGUCGGGAGCGAAAAUUUCCACCCAGCAGCACGACCUUUCCACCCCCGUACAUUUGGCCUGUGCUCAAGGGGCGACAGAUAUUGUGAAGUUGAUGUUCAAAAUGCAGCCGGAGGAGAAGUCGCAGUGUCUGGCAUCUUGCGAUGUACAGAAGAUGACACCUCUUCACUGCGCCGCGAUGUUCGACCACCCCGAAAUCGUAGAAUUCCUCGUCACCGAGGGCGCCGACAUCAACCCCGUGGACAAAGAGAAACGUUCGCCGCUCCUCCUAGCCGCCCUCCGCGGCGGCUGGCGCACCGUCCACACGCUAAUCCGAUUGGGGGCAGACAUCAACAUAAAAGACGUCAACAGAAGGAAUGUCCUGCAUCUGGUGGUAAUGAACGGGGGUAGACUAGAGCAGUUCGCUUCUGAAGUAAGCAAGGCUAAAUCGCAGUGUAGCCUGCUGCAAUUGCUCAACGAGAAGGACAUCACCGGGUGUUCGCCCUUGCAUUACGCCAGCAGAGAGGGUCAUAUAAGAAGUCUGGAAAAUCUGAUUCGGUUGGGGGCCACCAUUAACCUCAAGAACAACAACAACGAAAGCCCGCUGCACUUUGCAGCAAGAUAUGGCCGCUACAACACAGUCCGCCAACUCCUCGAUUCCGAAAAAGGCACCUUCAUAAUCAACGAAAGCGACGGUGAAGGCCUCACUCCCCUUCACAUAGCCUCCAAACAAGGCCACACACGUGUAGUUCAGCUCCUCCUCAACCGCGGUGCUCUUCUUCAUCGAGACCACAACGGCCGAAACCCUCUACAUCUAGCAGCCAUGAAUGGCUAUACCCAAACCAUUGAGCUUCUUCUAUCAGUUCACUCACACCUACUAGACCAAACGGACAAAGACGGAAACACAGCCUUACAUCUGGCCACCAUGGAGAAUAAACCUAACGCCAUAGCUCUUCUUUUAUCCGUGAACUGCAAACUGUUGUACAACCAGAUGGACAUGAGUGCUAUUGACUACGCCAUCUACUACAAGUUUCCAGAAGCAGCUCUAGCUAUGGUAACGCAUGAAGACAGAGCCGAAGAAGUUAUGUCGUUGAAGUCAAGCAAGCAUCCGCACGUUACGUUGGCUUUGAUUGCCUCAAUGCCUAAGGUGUUUGAGGCGGUGCAAGAUAAGUGUAUUACCAAAGCUAAUUGCAAGAAAGAUUCGAAGUCGUUUUAUAUUAAGUAUAACUUUGGGGCUCUGCAGUGCUCGAAUUUUUACGCAGAUGUGGAUCACAAAACUGGAGAUGCUUUAGCUAUUUCGAAACCAAUUCCUCUACCAGCUCUUAAUGCGAUGGUGUCCCACGGUAGGGUAGAAUUAUUAGCUCACCCGCUUAGCCAAAAAUACCUGCAAAUGAAAUGGAACUCCUACGGAAAGUACUUUCACUUGGCUAACGUUCUCUUUUAUAGUAUUUUUCUUGCAUUUGUAACCUGCUUUUCAUACGAAAUUAUGAGGCACGAUGAAGAUAAAUAUGCAAUGGCAAAUACUACUAACCUGACGCAUGACGUAAGUACCACAACUCUACUUAGUGCCUACUUUUUACAUCUGUAUUUUCUACAGGAAUAUGUAAGCGUUAGUAGAUCUAGCAUCUUGAAUGUCAAAAUCAGCAACGUAAUGUACAUGAGUGCUCUUGUUAUAAUAACCCACAUAAUCAUCAACGCUAUCAGAGAGAUGAUUCAAAUGUACCAGCAAAAGUACAUGUACUUUAUGGAUCCCAUCAAUUUGGUCACUUGGGUUCUCUACUCCUCGGCCAUCAUUAUGGUAUUUCCGAUUUUCUGGGGCACCAUGUACGAACUCCAGUUUUCGUGUGCUUCUGUCACCGUAUUUUUGAGCUGGUUCAACCUUCUUCUGCUCUUGCAACGUUUCGACCAAGUGGGAAUUUACGUCGUCAUGUUCCUCGAGAUAUUACAAACUCUCAUUAAAGUACUCAUGGUCUUCUCUAUUCUGAUUAUAGCUUUUGGUCUUGCUUUCUACAUUUUAUUGUCAAGGGUAAGUGCUUUACAACACAAUAGAGUACCUUUGUUUAUUAAUUUGUCUCAGGGUGACCACCUUUCCUUCAAGACCAUACCAAUGAGCUUAGUUCGCACUUUCUCCAUGAUGUUGGGUGAAAUUGACUUUCUGGGUACUUACGUCAAACCGUAUUAUCUGACCACGGAAGAUGAGAGAUCGUUCUUACCAUUCCCGCUACCAGCGUUUUUCAUCUUGGGUUUGUUCAUGGUACUAAUGCCAAUCCUUCUCAUGAACUUGCUCAUCGGUUUGGCCGUCGGUGACAUAGAGUCAGUACGAAGGAAUGCUCAGUUGAAGAGACUGGCAAUGCAGGUUGUUCUACACACCGAACUCGAACGAAAACUCCCAAAGAUGCUUCUGGAACGUGUCGAUAAAUGCGAACUCAUUGAAUACCCCAACGACACCAAAUGCAAACUCGGCUUUUUCGAUUCCAUUCUGCGCAAAUGGUUUGGGAACCCCUUUUCAGACGAAGGGUUCCACAGUAAACACAGACAGUUUAUCAAAUCAAGAUGGCGAUCUCAUGGUUUGGACAUGGUUAUGGAAAGCACUGAAGAUUACGUGGUGAGCGAACUGGAUAAAACCAAGAGAAAACUGAAAGAGAUUACCACGGCUCUAGAAACGCAACAACAGUUUUUGAGAUUAAUCGUCCAGAAGAUGGAAAUUAAGACAGAAGCGGAUGACGUCGAUGAAGGGGUUUCCCCAAACGAUCUGAAUCCUAUUUCGGGCCACGCUAGUAAAUGGACUUCGCCCAGAAUCCGCAAGAAGCUGAGGUCAGUUGUCAGCUUCAACAAUAAAGGCAGCACUUAGAAGUAGUUUUGUCAAUUCAAGUAUUCACAGCACUAUUGUUAGUUAAGUACAAUUUGUUCCCAAAUUUCUAGAUAAUUAUUAAAGACUUAAGCUUCUUUGAGAAAGUUGGUAUUCUACACACGAGAAGUUUUAAUGAAAGGGAAAAACCUAUUUUUCUAGGGGAAAAGACAUACCGAAUUAAGCCAUUGUUGUUAGAUGUUUUAAUGUUGUUGAGUAGGUACCUGAUAUAUUUAUUAUUAAUAAGUCUGGCAGAAAAUAUGACAACGUUGAAGUGUGGGACCACGUAACCUCUCCGAAAAGUUCUUUUUGAGAUUUGUUUAGUACGUCUGUUAGUCUGAAAUUAUUUUGCCAUAUUUUCUGUCUUUACGUCUAUUUCUGGAAUGAAUUUGAGUAGAAUUUUCCUUUAUUUAUUAUUUUAAGUAGAAACCUAAAUUAUAAAUGUGAUAUAAAAUGUAUUUCUUUUGUAAUAUAUGUUUACAUGUUUCAAAA